UCAAUAUUAUUAUUCCUUUCUUUUACCUGUACCAUAGCCCGCGCCAAAGGACACAUUUGAUUGCUUAGGUGUGUCCUCCGACGUUUAUCGGCAGGUGCUCCACCUACUUCUCUGUAUCUCGCUGAGGCACAGGGAGGGAUUCAUUCACUGCCGUCUCCAGCGCAGAGGCUGACAGGUUAAAGUCCACAGGGUCUGAGAGCCACCUCACCCCUUCGCUGGUCAAGCUUACAGAACUCCUGGAAAGCAAAGUGAGGAUCUUCCAGAAGACUCUGUCCGCUGAAGAUCUGGUGACACAAACAAUCUCAGGAAUAUCGGAAGACGGGGAGAACCUCAGCAGCCUUCAGAAGCACAUCGAUCAGAGCCAGGAGCUCAGCUGUCACCUCAGAGACCUGCAGACGAGCACAGAGCAGGAGGUCGCCCGAAUCCACUGGCAGCUGACAGAGGUGAGACGCCAGCAGGAUCUCCUGAAAUUUGAGCUGAGAGAUUUGGAGGCCCAGCGGACCGAGGCAGAGACCUUAUUACAGGGAUCUCCGAACUCCGAGGACAGAGCCGCGCUGCUGCGGGCGAAGCAGAGGCUGCAGGAGAGCGUCGCGAGCAGAGAGGAGCGGGCGGAGAGGCUUCGGCUGCAGGAGGAGGCCCUGAGCACCCUGCGGGGGAUGCUGGGAGAGGACGCGCAGCGGUACCAGGAGGAGGUGCAGCGUCUGCAGGACUUCUCCGGGAAGGUGUCCGACGGCAUGCAGGGGGAGAACAGCAUGGGAGCUGCCCUCAAAGAGGCGAGAGGGGUCGUGGGACAUAGUGCGAAGAGCUUCACGGGGCUCACGAAUGGACACGCCGCCGCGUCGUCGAAAUCCCCCGGGGCACAGCAGAGUCCGAACGGCGACAAGAAGGCUCAUGCCUACCCUGUAGAUGGAUCUAAACCUGGAGGAGCCAACCGGACGGGUUCUCUGGUGAAAGGAUCUAACCUGAAGAGGUCAGGCAGUGUCAAAGACCUGAUCCAGAAGUUCUCCGGGGGCGAGAACGGGCAAGCCUCCCCUACGGGUUCCAUGGCAUCGUCGCCGACCGGCUCUCCGGUUGGCGCCGGGGACAGCAGCGGGAAGGCCGCCUUGAAGAGCAGUUCAGACUCCGGACCGAUGGAGGACAGAAAGGGCACCCUGAACAGGAGCGCUUCGGCUUUGGCUAACGGAGAUGGAGGAGGAGGAGCCCCUGAACCAACCCCUUUACCCUCUAUAAGGGUGACGCCCCCAGCAAGGGGCACAGACCCCCACAGCGAAGGUGGAACUCAGUGUUUCGGGGGCUCUGCAGACAGCAAUGCCGAGAGGGACGUCUCCCCAGGCAAAGGGGGGCCGCGUGACGGAUCAGAGCCCGGUUAUGGGAUGGGUUCGGAAUCCGACUUUGAUCCGAGCAAGCAGCCCGGGAGUCCCCCGUCCGAGGACGAGGCGCCGAAUCCCAGAGUCGCGCAGAACCCCAAAUAUCAGCUGUUCCUUGGCUCCGACGUGAUCAGGAACGGUUCCAGGGACCCAGAUGGAACAGCGGGGGAGAAUGGGCCCCGGAGCUCCCGCUGGGAGAGCAGCACCUCCAGAUCGGGGCCGAACCACCGUGGGUCCCUGGAGUCGCUGGCGUCCCGGGACUGGGACACCAUGUCGGACCGGAUGGGUGGCUUUGAGAGUCCGCCAAGGGUGUUCAACAGCCCCUACACGUCCCCAUCCAUCGACUUUAACCCCAGCUACAGAAUGUCUGAGUAUAAGGUCCAGGACGUCCUGUCACCAGCCACAUCAGAGCUCAACCUGUUUGGGUUCAACAGCAGCAGGAGCACCAGCCCUGUGCCCUCCCCCACAGUGACUUUGCCCCGCAGACAAUACUCCGCCUACGAUACCUUGACAAGGAGGCGUGAGGUGAUGUCCAACACCCUUCCCAUGCGGCCGGGAGUUCCCAACAAGCGGGACUUCAUCGAAGAGCUCACCAGGCAGCUGAACGAAUGCCAGAGGAGGAACCAGUUCCUGGAGGCGGAGAGCGUGGAGAUGGACAAGGAGAGGAAUCAGAUCCGUUUCGAGAUGCGGGGCCUGCUGGUGAACAACGAGGACCUGCUGAGGACCAACACCCAGCUGCAGGUGGAGAUGAAGAGGAUGCGGGAGAGGAUGGCCGAGAUGGAGAGAGAGAACCUCCUAAUGAACGAGCGCUUCAGGGAGAUGGAGUCGGAGCUGAAGGAGGCGAGAGAGGUGAUGGUGGAGGCCAACACUCAAGAGUACGCCUUCAACUUCCUGCAGCAGUCUCUGAAGAACAAAAUACAAGACGCUGAGGAGGCCCUGGACAAGCAGACGCAACACUCCCAGGAGAUGUCGGAGAAGCUCUGGCACAUGGAGAGGGAGCUGGAGGAGCUGAAGAUAGAGAAGCAGACGCGUGAUAAGAGGUCGGCGGAUCUCAGCAGCACCGUUCUGCGCCUGGAGGCAGAGCUGGGGGAGGCCCUGCAGGUGUCCAAUCAGGCGACGGCGGAGCUCAGCCUGCAGCAGAAGCUGAAGGACGACGCGGAGCAGAGGGUGGAGGAGCUGGAGGAGAGCCUGAUGGAGAAGUCCCAGGAGCUGCAGAGAGCCCAGCAGACCAUCAGCAAACUGCAGGGGGAGGUCUCGGGGAAGCUGAUCGAUAAGGAGCGCACCCUGGAGGAGGAGAUCCAGCUGCGGGAGCGGGCGCAGCUGCAGUGCAAGCAGGCCGAGCGCACGCUGGAAGACCUGCAGAUGGAGCUGCAGACGCUGGCCCAGUCCAAGGAGGACGUGGUCAAACAGCUCAAGCAGGCCCAGGAGAAGAUGAUCGAUCUGGAGAGUGACCUGGAGGAGAUGCAUGACAGCGAGCAGAGGUGGGCCAGCAAACAAAAGAGGGCCAUCGAGCAGACUGAACAACUGCAGCUGAGGCUGAUACAGGAGAAGGACUUGAAUGACCAGCUGGAGUGUGAGAAGGCUGUUCUGGAGAGACAGAUCAGGGAGCUGCGCUUGGAGGUGGAGGAGCUGCAGAGCUCCAGGGUCCAGGAGGAUGUCAUCACCAAGGCUGAGAGCAGGGUCAAGGACCUGGAGAACUCCCUUCGGGCAGAGGAGAGGAAUAAAAUAGUGCUGACAAACAACAUUGGCAAGCUAGAGAGGAAAGUCAAAGAACUGUCAGACCAGUUGGAGGAGGAGCACAGACUUGCCACAGAGCAGAAGGAUCUGAUGACGCAGCGGAUCCGCUCCCUGAAGCGGCAGCUGAACGAGGUGGAGGAGGAGGCGAGCCGCAGGGAGACGCAGCACCGGCACACUCAGAGGGAGCUGGCCGAGGAGAGGGAGACCAGCAGCCGUCUGCAGAGGCAGCUGCUCGACCAGCACCUCAAGAUGAAGCGGAACGAGUCCCUGACGGUCAGACAAACCAUGGAGAAUCUGAGGCUGGACCUGAGUGUAGACGAGGACGAUGAGCCGGUGACGGAGCCCAAGUCCAGCACAGCCUGACACCUCAGAACCUGGAGGGAUGGCAUUAGGACCAGCAUCUGGAUUCCACUAGACCAGCAGUGCACUUCCAUAAUAAAUACCUGCAAAGAAAGAGCAACAGAUGGGAUUCUGCCAUAUCCCUAUCCUCCUUCCUCAUCGGAAUUUCAGUUGCAAACUGAUGCCACAGUCUGACCUCACACAAACCCCAUCAGAGGUUUCAAACAGGGUAAUUUCUCUGAAAUUAGAUCUGAGGUAAAUUUGAUAUAUAGUUAAUCAUAGCAAAACCUUGGUUUCUCAAAUUAUUUGGAGUUAAAUAGUUAGGGGAACAUGAAAUCCAGUGUCCCUGUUUAAAAAUGUAUUAUGAACAUGUCUAAAAACAUGUUUGUUUACCAAAGGUGUAUUUUGGAGGUAAUGCAUCUACCAUAAAGACAUUUACAGCUUGAGCUCAUUUCCUGGAAUGCAUUGACUUUCCCGUAUUAUACCCCAUGAAUAGAGUUUUAUUUUUUACAUGUUUUAAAGCAUUUAUUGUAUAUGGUACUUUUAAGU